AGCAUUUCUUGUUCCCAGAUCAGGCCCGUCUGAGCACCUCCCUGCCUGCCAAAUUACGGAGGCCGUUAGAGUUUGAUUCCAUUUCUCUGCUCCAGGUACUAGAUAAGCCCACCGAGCUGAGGGGGCCUCGUUCCAGUGAUGGCUCCCUGUGCCAGUUGCUUCCUGUUGGCAGUGAUGCUUUCUGCCAACUGUAAAGUCAUCACCGCCUCGGAUCAGAUGUGCACUGAGAAAGAAGCCAACAAAACAUAUAACUGUGAAAAUUUAGGUCUCACAGAAGUUCCUGACACUCUACCAAACACAACAGAAUUUUUAGAAUUUGGCUUUAAUGUCUUGCCUACAAUUGAAAAUACAACUUUCACCAGACUCAUAGAUCUUAUCUUUUUGGACCUAACCAGGUGCCAGAUUAACUGGAUACAUGAAGACACUUUUCAAUACCAGCAUCAACUGGACACAAUUGUGUUGACUGGAAAUCCCCUAAUAUUCAUGGCAGAAACAGCACUUAAUGGGCCCACAUCACUGAAGCAUCUUUUCUUAGUCCAAACAGGAAUAUCCAAUCUAGAGUUUAUACCAGUGUACAAUCUGGAAAAGUUGGAAAGUUUGUAUCUUGGAAGCAACCAUAUUUCUUCCAUUACGUUUCCAGAAAACUUUCCAACACAGAAUUUGAAAGUCCUGGAUUUUCAGAAUAAUGCUAUCUCCUAUCUCUCUAGUGAAGACGUGAAUGGUCUAGAGAAGGCCACCAACCUAAGCCUUAAUUUCAAUGGCAAUGACAUUAGAGGCAUUGAGCCUGGAGCUUUCCAUUCGAAAAGAUUCCAAAGUUUGAAAUUUGGUGGGACUCUUAACUUGUCUGUUAUAUUGAAUGGUCUACAGAACUCUACUACUCAAUCUCUCUGGCUGGGGACGUUCGACGACACUGAAGACCAAGACCUUACUUCAGCCAUGCUUGAGGGACUUUGCGAAGUGUCUGUUGAAAGCAUCAAUCUACAGAAGCACCAUUUCUUUGAUAUCUCAUCUACCACAUUUCGAUGCUUCACUCAACUCCAGGAAUUGGAUCUGACAGCAACUCACUUGAAAGAGUUACCCUCUGGGAUUGAGGGUAUGAACACUCUCAAGAAAUUAGUUCUCAAUGUGAAUAAUUUUGACCAAUUGUGUCAAAUCAAUGCUGCCAGUUUUCCAUCCCUCACAGACCUCUCUAUCAAAGGCAAUGUGAGGACACUUGACCUUGGUGUUGGGUGUUUGGAAAAACUAGAAAACCUUCAGAAACUUGAUUUAAGCCACAAUGAUAUAACAGCUUCCAACUGCUGCAAUCUGCAACUCAAAAACCUGCCCCACUUACAAUACCUAAAUCUAAGUUACAAUGAGCCUCUUGGUCUCCAGAGUCAGGCAUUCAAAGAAUGUCCUCGGUUAGAACGUCUAGAUUUGGCAUUUACCCACUUGCAAGUUAAGGCUCCACAAAGUCCUUUUCAAAACCUUCAUCUCCUACAGGUUCUGAAUCUUUCUCACUGUCUCCCAGAUACCAGCAAUCAGCACCUUCUAGCAGGUCUGGUGGAUCUCCGCCAUCUAAAUUUACAGGGGAAUCGCUUUCCAGACGGGAGCAUCUCAAAGACCAACCUACUUCAGCCCUUGAGCAGCUUACAGAUUCUUAUUUUAUCCAACUGUGACCUCCUUUCCAUAGACAAGCAAGCAUUCCAGAGCCUUGGGAAAAUGAGUCACGUAGACUUAAGCUACAACAGCCUGACGGACAAUAGCAUCGAUGCUUUUAGCCAUCUUCAGGGGCUCUACCUCAAUCUGGCUGCCAAUAGCAUCCACACCGUCCCUCUGCAUCUCCUCCCCAGCUUGUCCCAGCAGAGCACCAUUAACUUAAGUCACAAUCCCCUGGACUGCACUUGUUCCAACAUUUAUUUUAUAACAUGGUACAAAGAAAAUCUGCAGAAAUUUGAGGGCUUGGAGGAAACCAUGUGUGCGAACCCCCCAUCUUUAAGGGGAGUUAAGCUAUAUGAUGUCAAACUGUCCUGUGGGAUUACGGCUGUGGGCAUUUUCUUUCUUAUAAUAUUUUUACUCUUCGUUGCUAUUCUGCUCAUUUUUUCAGUUAAAUUUCUCCUUAGGUGGAAAUACCAGCACAUUUAGUGCGAAAGGUUUCUGGAGAUGGCAAAUAAAUGUGUUUAAUGAAAUUGCCCCAAGUAAAGGAACUGUUGUCUGUUCCUUUUCAGGCUGUCAGAAUUUUCAGAUUGGCUCCUGCAGCUGGACAGGGACUCACUGUGCUUUUCUGAGUCCCAGAGCUAAUGAACCUUCUUGGAGCAUAAACUGACUAGGGCCAGGGGGCCAAACAACAGCUGUGAGAGACACAGCCAUUGCCUCACAUAAAAGGGGGUUGGAGGACCGAUGGCAGGGAAAGGCCAAGAGAGGAAUUUCUAGGACGCUAUCUCCCUUCCACUCCUGGACGCCCCCAAAGCAGCACCUACCUUGAUCCUAAAGGGAGAUCAACAACCACAACAUGGCGGCAGUGGUGACCCCAGUCCAAACUCUGUCUCCCACAGCUUGGGCAUCGUGCUUGGCUCUGAGUCCUCAGACAGUUGGUCAUUUGAAAAACUUGUUGAGGAUCAAGUGUCAAAGCUUAUUUUAAAUGAAAAAGGGAAUACACAAACAGCCAUGGUUGUUCUAAGGAUGACCACGUGGAUGGAAUAGAGGAGCUUGGACUCGCACUACCAGGGUGGCAUCACACUGAUGGGUGUGAAUGGGCAGGUGCAGGCAUCAAUCUGUCUCCAGCCUGGACAUGACUGGCAAGUCACUGAGUACACAUGGUAUGACAGAUUUGGGAGCAGGUUCCCUUUUUGAUGUGCUUGCCUGCAUCCGCAUGUUGGAACAGAGUCCCACGGCCAGCCUGUGACAAGUGAUGGCCAUCUUGUCUUUGGGAAUGCACGUUCCAGAAAUCAGUGGGAGGCUGCUGCUUUUCUGUGAGGACUGAUGCUAGGAUUCCAGUCCCGGGUCCAAGGAGUCGGAACUGUCAGAGAACUUGAACCUGAGCCAGACUGACUGACUUCCCAUAUGCAAAAAGUCAUGAAACUGAUGUGCAACAAAGCAGUGGGCAUUUCUCGCUUUUGUAGUUACAGGAAAAUGGGUGUAAUAUUCACCGGGAUAGAGGUAGAAGGGAGGAGGAACACUGAUUUGAGGAAUGAGUUCAAACCAUACUGAAUGAUGGGUAAUCAGAUUUAGAGUGCUGCCUGGCCACUGAAUUCCUUAAUUCCUGGCUGAUAUUGGAGGACGCAAAUUUUUGUAAUUAAUAAAGUGACCCUUUUACAUGUUA